AUGGAAGUAAACACUCGAGAAGAGAAUCAACACCUUAAUUCAUCUGCAUGGUUUCAACGAUACGCUGACCACCAAGGCGAGUGGUUAGAAAAAACAAGAGGGAACCUUGUCGUUGCCGCAACUGUCAUUGCUUCGAUGAGCUUUGGGGUAAUGGUUAACCCUCCCGGCGGCGUUUGGCAGAAUGAUAAAUGUCAGAGUGAUGAAUAUUGUACGGAAAAAGCCGGAACUUCGAUACUAGAGUACUCUGCCAAACGUGUGUAUUACCUCGGAAUGGUAAUUAGCUGUUUGGUCUCGUUUUCUGCCUCAAUGGGAAUCAUCCUCCUUGUCGUCGUUGGCUUCAGAUUUAGGAACCGGUUUAUAAUGGCGAUUAUGGUAUUGUUCAUGGUCCUCGGGGUUCUCUGUACAUCCGCGGCCUUCUUAUUCGCUGUGGUGUUGGUUCAACACGAGGAUGGUUUCAUUCUGAGUAUACUACUAAUUUAUGUGGGAUUUUGGGUGGUACUUCUGGUUUCGAUCCUCCUAAUCCAGCUAGUUCGGCUGUUACGAAGGCUUAUUAGGUUCAUAAGAGGCCACUCGAGUCCACAACUGCCAUUAGCUCUGCCGCCUGUCGCUUGA